AUGGAUUAUCCAUUGGAUGCAAAUGAUACAAUCAAUGGUAUAUCACAAUUCACUAUUACAGAUUUGGAUUGUGUUGUCGCUGAUCAGCAGUCAAUCGGUGGUAGUGGAGUUGGUGGUGGUGUUGCUUCACAAUCAGAUUUGAUGAAUUCAGCAAAAAUUAAUUCAAGUUUUGGAAAUUCCAAUCAGGAUCACGAUGAUUUCAUAUUCUCUGGCAUCGCCAAUAACAAUAUAACUACUAAGCUGGAGUGUACAUCGGAACAACUGAUUGAUUCUAUCAUUCGAAUGCCAACACCUCCACAAUCACCGAUUUUAACAUCGGCAUCGUCAUCAUCGAUGCCAACCACCACAACAACAUCACCAACUCUAUCGUCAUCAUCCUCUGCUUUUUCCAAUCCAAUUCCUGCAUUUUCAUUAAGUUCAACGCCAAAUCAAAAUACACAGAGCACGCCAACCACCUCUACUCCUACACCUCUUUCCAAUACAAAUUCACCGCCUCCUUUCAGAACAACGAGACGUCCUUCCAGCCACAUGAAAUUCAUCAUCAGUAGAUUCGAUCCUAUUAUCUCGAUUGACAAUAAACGGUCGUAUGAAAACUAUCGCGCGGCGUCAUCAGCAGAAGCAGCGGAACAACGCCAGUUUGAAUCGGUAGUGGAAUGCAUCCAAAUUGCAUACGAAGAGAAGAAGCUGAUAAAACAAGAUGUAAUCAUGAACAAUCUGGUCACCAAGCAACAAUAUCGCGCCAUCAUGAACGUAGUAGCUUUCUCAGAUGGUUGCUCAUGUAUAUUCGAAUCAAUAGAGGAAGUAAUCGACGAACCUGAAUACGUCAAACAACAACAAAACCAACAGUAUCUAAACAGUAAUGGAAUAAUAACUUCACCGACUCUAAAAUCAAUACAACCAACUAUUUUUGAAGAUAAACAACUUUUCAAUUCAACACUAUACGAAAGAUGUCAACCAAUCAUUUGGAUUUCGUUUACUGGUUCUACUUGCCCGAUAAGAACUAUAUUCUCUAUAAUCAUAGGAUGGGUCGGUAUCUCUCAUAGCUACCUGAUGAACGAGGGAUCGAUUGUCAGUGUCAAGUCACAAGUCAAUCUCGAUUCAAUGUACAACAACUUUAAGGAACUCUACGAACAACAACAAUCUAAAUCCGUACUUUCGCUGGAUCUCGAUAACAUCAGUUCAGGUUCAUUCGAGAGUAUGAUCGAACAAAAGAAAAUAGUACUAGCAGAGGAACACCUGAAAACAUUCCAAAAGUGUAGAGAUACCUAUAAUAUUUUAUUUAGAUUAUCUUUACUAGGUGUUAUGUUUUCAACAUUAAAAGGAUUAGUUAUGGAUGCAAAUGAUGCAUUGCUAUCGAUUAUUGGAUAUUCAAGACAGGAUUUGGAACAGGGUAAGGUGGAUUGGAUGUUGAUAACUCCACCAGAGUACUUUGAAAUUUCGGCGCGUGCUCUUCAAGAAUUGAAAGCAAAGAGAUGGUGCCAACCAAUUGAAAAAGCCUAUUUCCAUAAGAAUGGAAAGAAAGUACCGAUCUUGAUCACCGCAGCAAUGGUUGAUGGUAGUGACGAGCAAUGUAUUACAUUUGUAUUUGACUUGUCGAGAUAUAGACAGGCUGAGGAGUCUGCUAUCAAGGCAACCAAGCUAAAGUCACAGUUCAUUGCAAACAUCUCACAUGAGCUUAGAACACCGUGUCACGGUAUUCUAGGUAUGACCCAAUUGCUCCUGGAUUCCGGUCUAACUCCGAAUCAACGUGACAGUGCAGAGACUAUUAAGCGAUCGAUCGACGGCCUCAUCAAUUUGAUCAACGACAUUCUUGACUUUUCAAAGAUCGAAGCUGGCAAGCUGACCCUGGAGAUUGUCGAGUUUGAGUUGAUCUCCAUCGUAGAGGAAGUGCUCAAUCUACAAGGAGAACUAGCCAACAAGAAAGGAAUAGAUUUAAUUUUCAUUAUUGGAAGACAGUCCCCAGUACCUCCAAUGCUCUAUGGUGACAGUCGUUUCAUCCGUCAAGUUCUCAUCAAUUUGGUACAUAAUGCACUCAAAUUUACAGAGUCUGGUCAUGUUGUUCUAGAGAUCUCGACAGAAUAUGAAUCAGGUGAUCAAGUUUCACUUAGAUUCUCUGUCAAAGAUACAGGAAUCGGUAUACCGGACUCUGUCUCUGAACAGCUGUUCCAACCUUUCAGCCAAGUCGAUGGAUCUUCAUCAAGAAAGUACGGUGGAACCGGUCUUGGACUCUCUAUUUGUAGAGAUUUGGUCGGUUUGAUGGGCGGAAACAUCAGCUAUGAAAGCAAAGUAGGAAAAGGUUCAUGUUUUUGGUUCUCCCUCAAGUUGUUGGUUGCUGCACCUGCCUAUUUGCCGAGCAGUGUGCCGGCGGCCAACCAAUUCUUCUUCCCUGAAUUCAACCAGUUUUCAAAGGAUCGAAAGAAGAUCUUGGUUGUCGAAGCCAAUCAGAAACUUAGAAUGUCUUUCCACUCGAUGCUGAGCACAGUGCAAUUCGAAUCGAUCGAAACCAACAACAUGGAGACUGCACUGAACUUGUUCAAUCACGCCAAGACUACCGACGCACCAUUCGAUGCAUUGAUCAUCUCGGAUCAAUCCACCGCAAUAAAGUCAAUGUUGGAUCAAGUCACCACCGAGCGAGUGAUCAUAUACGGACGUGACUACAAGUCAUCGUGGUCGGCUCACCCUCAGAUUGCAUCGUAUCUUCUCAAACCGAUUAGAUACACCAAACUGAUACACUCUAUCACUAGAAGACUCUCGAAUGCAUCGAGUGCAACGAUCAGCAGUGGUAGCAGUGGAAGUAGCAUUUUGAAGAUCGACGAUCCAAUGGGAGUUGCUAUCGAGCGUAAAGAUAAACGAUGUAUUUUAGUUGCCGAGGAUAACGAUGUCAAUAUCAAGGUGAUCGUUAGACAACUCGAUAAACUUGGUUACUACCCGAUCGUGGGAUGCAACGGAAGAAAGGUUCUUGAGAUACUGACCAACACGCAAGAGUGUCAGUUUAGUUUGAUUCUAAUGGAUGUCCAGAUGCCUUCGAUGGACGGAUUCACCUGCUCCAGGGUGAUAAGAGAGCUAGAGCCGAAACACCAGAGAAUUCCAAUCAUCGCAAUGACAGCAAACUCAAAGCCAUCGGCCGAAGAACAAUGUAAAAUGGCUGGAAUGGAUGAUUACUUGGCAAAACCAGUUAAAAUUGAUUCACUUAAGAGUACUCUUUUGAAAUGGUUACCUAAAGAAGAACCAAAACACUUUUUCUAUCCUUUGAAUGAAUCACAAGCAUUUGUUAAUCACAUUGAUAAUGAAACGUUGGAGAAUAAUAAAGAUAAAUAA